CCCAGCCCAACAUGGGUCCAGUUAACCUGUGAACAAUAUGAAAGAUGAUUUUUCGUGUUUACAUUUUAAAGGUGAAUAACCAGAGAGCAUUAGAGGCAUAAGGGGGGAAACCACGUAAAAACUAUGAAAUUUCUGCAAGACACAAAAAGAAAAUGGAAGACGAGCUGGAGCUUGAAAAUGGCAGGAGUGAGUGUGUUCCUUUUAUUCUUCCCUUCCUCGCUUACUGCACAAGUGGAUACAAGUUUUAUCUUCAACCAAUUCGAUGCUUCGACCCUCGAAUUGUUUGGGAAUGCUUCAGUGCAGUCCAAAGCCAUCUUCCUUACUAAUCAAUCCCAAUACAGUAUCGGCCGUGCUUUUUAUGGACAUCCUGUGAGUAUGAAAGAUAGUGGGUCUCUGAGUUCUGCUUUGUCUUUCAGCACAAGUUUUGUGUUUAAAAUUAUUAACGCCGGUUCAUGUCUCUCACGAAGCGGGCAUGGACUGGCGUUUAUAAUGACGCCGCACAGAUCUCCAGAGGGUUUUUUACCUUCUGGGUAUCUUGGCCUGUUGAAAAAUAUUUCAAGCAUGGGAAAGGCCUCUAAUCAUCUCUUCGCGGUUGAGUUCGACACAGUAAAGAACUUGGAAUUUUUGGACAUUGACGACAAUCACGUUGGUGUCGAUUUGAACGACCUCACAUCUGUAAAAUCUGAGACUGCAGGCUACUGGAAUGACAACAGCCAGUGGCGAGAAUUGGAUCUCAGCAAUGGCCAGAAUAUUCAGGCUUGGAUUGAUUAUGACCAUCCUCUAAACGAGCUCAAAGUAACCAUCGCAGAGGCAUGUUCAAAUCGCCCAGAGAAACCCCUGUUAUAUUUGAAAAAUAUAUCUCUGUCCGACAUUCUUGAAGAAGAAAUCUACGUUGGUUUCUCAGCAGCUACAGGAGGCCUGGCUGGAGAGCAUUACGUAGUCGCCUGGAGCUUUACUACAAACGGAGCAGCCUCGUUCCUGAAUUUGGAGCUAUGUGAUGUUAUUACACACAGAAAAUCCAAGAGCUCAAAUUCCAGAUUGAUAGCUGGCAUUGCAAUCUCUUGCAUCCUCCCCCUCCUGGUGGUGGCGGCAGCAACGCUUAUGCGGUGGAAAAGAAAUCAGUACAGAGAUAUUAUUGAAGAAUGGGAGAUGGAGUAUUGGCCUCACAGAUUUAAGUACAAAGACCUACAUAUUGCAACAAAGGGUUUCGGAGAGGAAGAACUUUUGGGAUCCGGAGGCUUUGGUCGUGUGUACAGGGGAGUUCUGGCCACAAACGGCCUCCAAGUAGCGGUGAAAUGCAUCCUCAGAGAAACUGAGGAAGGGAUGAGGGAGUUCAUAGCAGAGAUCUCCAGUCUUGGUCGCCUUCAACAUCGAAAUCUUGUGCAGAUCAGAGGCUUCUGCAGGCGAAUAAAGCGGUUAUUCAUAGUUUAUGACUACAUGCCAAGUGGCAGCCUGGACAAGAUGAUAUUUGGAAAGCCAAAGAAGGUGUUCGAAUGGAUUCACAGGUACAAAGUCCUGAAAGAUGUUGCCGCGGGUUUGCUCUAUCUUCACGAAGGAUGGGAGCAACGUGUAGUGCACAGAGACAUCAAGUCCAGCAACGUUCUGCUGGACUCGGAGCUCAAUGGAAAGCUUGGAGAUUUCGGGCUUGCGCGUCUGUAUGAGCAUAACGAAAACUCUCAUACUACUCGUGUGGUGGGAACGCUGGGGUACAUUGCGCCGGAGCUCAUACACACUGGAAAAGCCUGCCCAGCCACAGAUGUGUUCAGCUUUGGUAUUUUUCUGUUGGAGGUUGCUUGUGGAAGGAGACCUGUUGAGCCCACUCUCCAACCUGAACAAGUAGUUAUGGUGGACUGGGUGAGAGAGUUGUAUUCGGCGGGCAAUCUCAUGGAUGCAGCCGACCCGAAUCUUGGUGGGCAAUAUGAUGAAGUUGAGAUGGAGAGAGUGCUGAAACUGGGGCUGCUCUGUUCUAAUCCACAGCCAGAAGGCAGAAUCGGCAUGAGGCAAGCUUUGCAAAUACUUGAAGAAGAAGCUCCGAUACCAGGCUUUUCUGAUGAGUUUAAUUUGGAGAUGAAUGCACCCAAAAGUAGUUUGAAUUCUCCUUCGUACUCCACUUCCAUGUCUCUUGAUUGACGAUAGACUCUACGCAGUCAGGGCAAAACAUCAACCUUCAAAAACUUCUUUUCUGACACUGUAUAAGAUGGAUUUUCUUGUGUUUUGCUAUUGUUCUAGACUCGUGAAUGUAAGGUUUUGUAGUACUUUUGGGUGCCUGUAGGAUUCUGGAGCACCAAUUUAGGUGUACGUAAUCCCACCUGACCUGAAUGUCUUACGUAUAUUUUUUUAUUAUUAAUUUUUUAUUUUUA